GCAAAGAACACAAGAGAAGAAGAGGAGAGAAGAACUGAAGAACUCUCUCUAUAUUCUGUAUAUGGAAGACGUCCAAACUAUGACGGUCUCCGUAAUCAAGUUCCCGGCCGACACUUCAUGUUAUCAUUGUGCGUUGUCGGCCGGGAAGGAUCCAAGUUUUGGAGAAGUUUCUGUUUCAGUUUCAAAACCUGAUGUUCGAGUUCUUACUUCUGGUGGAUUAAGAAUUCCCGUGCAUGCUAGCGUUCUGGCUUCGGUUUCAUCUGUUUUGGAGAAGAUCUUAGAUCGAACGCAAAAGGAUCGGAACUCGAAGAAGAUUGUCCCCAUACUGGGCGUUCCUUGCGAUGCGGUGCUCGCGUUUGUCCGAUAUCUUUAUUCUUCCAGAUGCUCGGAGGAAGAUAUGGACAAGUACGGGAUCCACCUGUUAACGCUGUCGCACGUCUUCUCAAUACGCCAGCUGAAGCUGAGAUGCUCCCGAGGAUUAGCUACGCGUUUGACGACAGACAACGUUGUGGACGUGCUUCAACUGGCCAGGCUCUGUGAUGCGCCGGAUCUUUACCUGAAAUGCAUGAAGUUGGUCUCCAAGCACUUGAAGACCGUCGAGAAGACGGAAGCCUGGAAGUUCUUGCAAGAUCAUGAUUCUUGGCUCGAACUCGAAAUCCUACAAUUCCUCGACGAAGCCGAAUUGAGGCAGAAACACAGGAGUAGGGAGAGGGAGGCGCAGACUCUGUAUCUGCAGCUGAGCGAAGCGAUGGAGUGCUUGGAGCAUAUAUGUACAGAUGGGUGUACGAGUGUGGGACCCAAUGACAAGGAGCCGAGCAAGAGCAAGGGUCCCUGCCAGAAGUUUUCCACGUGUCAGGGACUACAGUUCCUGAUUCGACAUUUUGCCACUUGUAGUAGAAGAGUACGUGGUGGUUGCACCCGGUGCUUGCGGAUGUCGCAGCUCUUCCGGCUCCAUUCCUCUAUCUGCGACCAACCCGAUACCUGCAAGGUUCCUCUUUGCAGGAAAAUUCAACCGAAAACGCAAUUAGAGAAAAAGGGUGAUGAUGCGAGGUGGAAACUACUGGUGAGGAAAGUUUUGGCGGCCAAAGUCAUUUCCUCAUUGAGAUUGCCCAACCCAAUCAGAAAAGACCUGGAACCAACAAGACUACAAGAGUAGGAGGAGAACACCAUUGAUGAUGACGAAAAUCCCAGUUUUUCUUCACCCACCAUGAGUGAAGAAUUUUUUUCAUCCACCGUAUUUUAUAGAUGGAUGAGAUUUUUUGGAAAAAAAAAAAAAAAAAACCUUUUCCAAUUACUAGUGUAUGGAAAUCCCAGUUCCUUAAAAAAUUGUAUCAAAUUUGUAAACGAGUGAACAGGAUUGUUUGGUGAAUUGGUUCAAUCAAUAAAGCAGAAGACAAGAAAAAGAGAAUAGGUGAGGGAGGACAUCAUGUAUUUAGAGACUUGAGACUUUGUACGAUGUACACAACAAUGAUAUGUAAGUUAUUUUUUAAUAAAAAAAAUUCUCUUCUUUUGGUUG